AUGAGGACUCCUCUUGUCACCUUGCUGGCUGCUGUGCUCUGUGUGGAACAAGUUUAUCCAUUCAUGUGCUACACCUGCCAAGAACAGGAGUCCAACAAGGACUGUUUGACCAUUUCCAUGUGUGCCAAGGAGGACAAACACUGCGUGACCAUCCGGAAGGACGUCAGGACAAAGCCCAACAAGCCCAAAUACGUCAUCUCCAAGAUGUGUUCUCCAACAUGUCCAGAAACAGGUCAGCAACAAAUCCAAAGCUCCCAGAAUGUUUCCUGCUGUGAGAAACCCCUGUGCAACGUGAAUGGAGUCAGCAGCAGGCAAAGCAGCCACGGAGUGAUGUCCCUGGGUGUCCUGGCCAGUGCCACUUACAUCUUUACAUACGGAUUGUGA